CCGGGACUUUUACUUCUUUCAUCCUCCAACCCACUUCUCCCAGAUCGGUUCAUUUCAAACCACUUAAUACAAAAGUACUCAAACCUCUCCAAGAACUCCUAUCCUCCUCUUCUCAAACCUCGAAAUCAAACCAAGAUAUCGAAUCAAGAUGUCAAACCACACCUCACCUCUUCAGCCACACCUCUCCAACCAAGUCAUCAAGUCACUCCUCCAACCCCUCUUCAAGCAAAUCCCAUCUCAACCUCUUUCCUCAACCAACCAGCAAGCAGACAUGCCUGCUCACGCUAUCUUCGAAAUCUACGAGAUCCUGGAGAAAAUCCUCCUCUACACCGACAUGCGCACGGUCAUUGCCUCCUGCCAGCGAGUCAACCGCUACUGGCACGCGCUCAUCUGCUCCUCCUCCCCACUGCAGGAAGCCCUCUUCUUCAAACCUUGUAAAGAGCUCGCGCUCCCCGGCGUGCUGAAAAUCCGUAACCCACUGAUCGACGAGUUCAUCUGGAAGCAAUACUUCAUACGUCGUCCGCGCGCAUGGCAAGGUCCCAGGCCCAGAUACCGAGAUCUGUAUGACAACGCCAUCAUCACACACAAGAACCGCGACAAGAACCAAAAGAAAGAAAAGCGGCAGCUACAGCUGCAGCUUCCAGCCCGCCUCACCAGAAAACAAGAAAAGGCCUGGCAGCGCCAUGAAGCCAGCUGGAAGAGGAUGCUCAUCCACCAGCCCCCUUCACGCGAGAUGGGACUCCUCGAGACAUUUCAUCCCGACUGGUUAUUGUACGCGAGUUGUCGGUUCUCGCGGUUGGGGUUCCUGCAGAUUUCCAACACCAGCGGUAACUUUCAGUCAAAUGACGAGCGCUCCCAGACCAGAGGAUACUUGCGUCUUGGUCAUCUGGCUGCCGGAUGUGCGGAUGGCACGCUUCGGGCUGGGUCUCUGCCUUUGGUGUUCUGGAACGCGGAAAGUCGCGAACGACCCUCGCAUAAAUUGGAAGUUGAACGCUGGAUUACCGAGGCGGAGUAUGCCAUGGGAUGCGAGGUGGUGGUCUUUUGUCGCCAGUCUGUGCAAAUUCCCAAGCCGACUGUGCCUGCUGAUGGCGAUGAGAGCGAUGCAAAUCGCAACGGCAAUGGUUUGAACGACCGUCUUCCUGGUCUGCAGGCCUGGUUUCAGGAAUUGGGUUGUCCUCGAAAAAUCAGAGGAAAGAAUCGAGUCGCUAUGUGGAAGUUGUUGGAAAAAUAG